AUGUCCCGGGUGAGGAGACAUAUCCACGGUAGUAAAAGUACUUACUGGUGGUCGGACGAAUUAACGAACCUUAGGUCCGUUGCAACGACCACAGUAAGGAAACUUCCCAGAGCCAGGAAAGAGAAGAUCAUGGAGGAAAUAGUGCAGUACCUGGACGCCCGAAGAGACGCAAGGAGGGCGCUGACUAGGGCCAUUAAGGAAGCCAAGAAGAACUCCUGGAGGGACCUGCUGGACUCUACAGAGGAUGAUCAAUGGUGCAGUCCUUAUAAAAUUGUCUUGGGGAAACUCAGGCCUUAUGUCCCACCAGUAACUGAAACCCAGAAGGAUGAGGUACUGGAGAAUAUCCUCUGUGAACUAUUCCCAGGAGGACCGGGAUUUGAUGAGCCGCAGGAACCUGCACUCUCAGAAGUGACUAUCUGUGCGGAGGAGGCCUUCGUUGCCGCCAAGAAAGGAAAAGGAAGAAAGGCUCCUGGACUGAAUGGAAUACCGGAUAGCGAGGCUCGUCCUGAUCAAAACGAAAAAAAACGCGCCCCGGACACAUUGGGAUCAUAUAGACCCAAAUGCGUGAUUGGCGAACUGGGAAAACUAUUCGAGCGUGUAGUUGUUGGCCGGAUCAACAUUUACUUAGAGGAGUUUCGGACCCUGGCACCAUCACAGUAUGGAUUUAGGAUGGGCAGAUCCACUGUAGAUGCUGUCCUCGAUGUUAAAAAAUUUGUGGAGGCAUCGACGCGGGCCAGAAAAGUGAUUAUUCUGGGCGUUAAACCGGAAAAACUUUCCACGCUACCUGGUGAACAUCGUCAGGAGUUAUUUAGAUAA